AUGCUAACAGCUGCCACCUAUCUGUCCAGUGUGGUUCUGUGUAGCCCCUAUGAAACGCUGACUGGCAACUUCUGCGUGGUUGAAAAACAGGGAUUGGAUUCACGGAGACUGAUUCCUAUGGAAAGACACUCAUCUACCCACUCACAGGUGUCAGCGGCCCUGCCUUUGGCUGUGUCAGUCCCCACAAAACGACAAACAGGGGAAGAUGUAGUCAGAGAAGGCGAUAGAGUUCUCAGGAAGUGGAGUCCAGAAGUUGUAGAAUUUGGACUGUGGGUAGAAAAAUGUAACCAACAGCACAAGUGCAGUAAGUCAACUGACUGUUCAGCUAGUUACCUGAGUGUUGAGGAAUUAAGGCUUCUAUUUGUAAUUGUAGCAGCUGCUGCAGACUUUUUCAGGGUAUUGGACCCUCUUUCCCAGCUGCCCACGCCUCAGCACCCGAAGAUUCGCCUGUACAACGCAGAGCAGGUCCUGAGUUGGGAGCCGGUGGCCCUGAGCAAUAGCACAAGGCCUGUUGUCUACCGAGUGCAGUUUAAAUACACCGAUAGUGAAUGGUUCAUGACCGACAUCAUGUCCAUAGGGGUGAAUUGUACACAGAUCACAGCAACAGAGUGUGACUUCACUGCCGCCAGCCCCUCAGCAGGCUUCCCAAUGGAUUUCAAUGUCACUCUACGUCUUCGAGCUGAGCUGGGAGCACUGCAUUCUGCCUGGGUGACAAUGCCUUGGUUUCAACACUAUCGGAAUGUGACUGUCGGGCCUCCAGAAAACAUUGAGGUGACCCCAGGAGAAGGCUCCCUCAUCAUCAGGUUCUCUUCUCCCUUUGACAUCGCUGAUACCUCCACAGCCUUGUUUUGGUAUUAUGUCCAUUACUGGGAAAAAGGAGGAAUCCAACAGGUCAAAGGCCCUUUCAGAAGCAACUCCAUUUCAUUGGAUAACUUAAAACCCUUCAGAGUGUACUGUUUACAAGUCCAGGCACAACUGCUUUGGAACAAAAGUAACAUCUUUAGACUGGGGCAUUUAAGCAACACAUCUUGCUACAAAACGAUGGCAGAUGCCUCCACCGAGCUUCAGCAAGUCAUCCUGAUCUCCGUGGGAACAUUUUCGUUGCUGUCGGUGCUGGCAGGGGCCUGUUUCUUCCUGGUCCUGAAAUACAGAGGCCUGAUUAAAUACUGGUUUCACACUCCACCAAGCAUUCCGUUACAGAUAGAAGAGUAUUUAAAGGACCCAACCCAGCCCAUCUUAGAGGUCUUGGACAAGGACAGCUCACCAAAGGAUGACGUCUGGGACUCUGUGUCCAUCAUUUCCUUUCCAGAAAAGGAGCAAGAAGAUGUUCUCCAAACACUUUGAACCAAAGCAUGGGUCUAGCCCACUGGCCCCCUGGAAGAGAUCGUCGAACCAGUGGAGCUGCUGGAGUUCUGUCUGGACUUCCCAGAGACCAGUAUUCCCUUUUCCUGCCUCUAAAAGGCCUGUCCCUGCCUUGUGAGAGACAGUGGGUCUCAUGGGGGUGACAAGCUUUUUUUUUUUUCUUGAAGAAUUUUCAAAAUGAAACAAGUUUUUAGAAUGAUUCUAUGGAGAUAUCCCAGGAAAAUUAAGGCUUCUCUUAAACACUAAAAAGUCAUGUAAUUGCUUGUUAGCAAAAUGGAUAUGACACAUCUCUGAUACUUUUUUCAUUGUUUGGGCUGAGCAGUCAGAAGACGUGGUCUUCUUCUCAACUUCAGCAAAUGAGCUGGAGCCCCUCGGGCAGGUCACACAACCUGUCCCAGCCUGUCCCAGUGAAGGACACUGAGUGGCCCUUCAUGUACUUCCAUGGUGUGCUGGCUUAAAAUGUAAUUAAUCCUGUAAAUAUACUCCUAGUAAUUUAAGAUUUUGUUUUUAAACUAGAAAUAAAAGACUGUAUAGCACAUGUUUUUUUUUAAGUCUA